UCUUUAAGACAUUUGAAAGGAAACAGUUCUGUGGGACGCACGUUUAUUGAGACAAAUAGAUCUACACCUUUACAAUUAUAUUUAAAAUCUUUGUCAAGUUCAAAAGUGUCUGAAUUUGUAUCUCUUUACUGUAUGUAGUUUAAACGUCUCAAAUUCACGACUUGUUUUUAUUUCCUAUCUUGUUAAAGGAUUAACGAAUCUGAAGGUUUGCUUUCCAAACGUCCUAGAGAAUGGGGACUGAAGGCUGUUGGUUCAAGUUCAUGAAAUUUGUUCUGGUGUUCUUCAACUUCCUAGUUUUGGCUGCUGGAGCCAUUGCUAUUGGACUUGGAGCCUGGGCUCUGGCCUCAGAAUAUGGAGCCAAAGAAAUGAAGGCCAUUACAGGCAGCGAGCUGUAUGAAGGGGGCUGCAUCGUGCUUAUUGUUGGAGGCUCAAUUAUCUGCAUUCUCGCCCUUUGUGGAUGUCUCGGAGCAUUCUUUGAGAAUAGAGUCCUUUUGGGGAUCUACUUUGUGAUCAUGCUUCUAAUCCUCAUUCUGUUCGUGGUGGGGGCUGUACUUGGAUUUUUCUUCAGGGACCAGAUCGAAGCGACUCUUGAAAAACAGAUGCGAGAAACAAUCACAGAGCGUUUUAAUGUCAGCUACGAUAAAGAUGAUACCAACAAACUUGCAACAGAUGUGUGGAAUAAAAUACAAACUGAGCUCAAAUGUUGCGGUGUGAGUGGAAACGUAUCAAGCCCUGAUGCUUGGUUUAUUUACCAGUCUAGCAAAUUCUUUACACAACAACAAGACUCAGAUAGAAUCUAUGUACCAGAAAGCUGCUGCAAUCCAAAUUUUAAAAAUGCUACCGGUCUGGCACUUUGUCAGAAAACUAAUCCAGAUACCAGUCAACCUAUUCAAACUACGUUGGGUAAUCUGACUAAAGUGACGAAACUAAACCCAGCACUUUAUAACAAUGGUUGUCUAAGUGUCAUUGAAGAUGAAAUUAAAAAUCAUAUCCUGGCCAUUGCUGGCAUUGCUGUCGCUAUCAUUAUCGUUGUGUUUAUUACAGUAAUAUUCUCUGUGGGCAUGUGCGUUAUGAUUGGAAAAAGAAAAUCCUAAAAGUCUUACAGCGUUGUUCUUUGAAUACCAACAAGUGGG